CGAGUUUGCUGUUUUAAAACUCAUUUUUUUAAAAAGCUGUUUUGUAUUUUAAAACUUGGGUGGUAACUUUAAGUCAUAUUUGAGCAUAUCUAUCAAUACAACAAUUUUGAUUUUUCGUUGGUACGCCCCUUUAAUAGAGGUAAAAAAAAUAAUUUACAGAUGGGAAGUUGACUUUGUUAAAUGGUCUAAUAUAUCAUUCUGGUAGCUCUUGCAAAGAUUAUAAAACUACUUCAUUUUAAAAUUAAUUCAAUUCGUUAAGUUGUUUAAUGCCACGAGAGCACGGGAAGUGUUAACCUGAUUAUUAAGCAUCUAAUGCAUCAUAUUUCUCAGUCUAUGUUUUUUACUUUUUGUCAUUGGAAAUAUUAGUUGCUGCGCCACUUAUAUUCAAAUAAUAAUUUAACAUUCUUCAUAUUAAUUAUUUUAUUAUCAUCCCAUCAAACAGCAGGUCAGGUGUUUUAUUUACGAUAGUUAGACUUUGUUCAAACUAAAGAUGGAAAUUCAAGGAAACACGCAGACUGAUGUAGCUCCUGACUUUACACGUCAUCAUGCUGGGGGUGAUACACCUGCUAGUUAUAAUUCAUGUGCUGAAACAAGUGAGGUAGUGAUGAACUUAAUACAACCAGUGAUGCAAGAUCUUGAAGAGAAGCGAGAAGCAGAUAGACAUAUGCUUGAAGAAUAUCGGAAUCGAAUGCAAAAUCUGCUUGACUUGACGUGCCACCAAAUAGAGAAACGCUUGAUUCAUCAACAUGAACAUACAAAUAAAGAGAUUGAAGUCAAGAUGCAAUAUCUAAAUGAAGUACUUGUACGUGUUGUCAAUUUAGAAUGUGAGCUGUCUAACUUCAAAAAUGCAGUUGCUUCACUGUUUGAUGAUUUGAACCAUUAAACUAUGCAAAAUUGUUUCGCCUCCUGUCCAGCACUGCCUGCUGUAGAUAUUUUAUGGUGUUAUUUUUUUACAUAGCACAAUACUUCGACUUUACAGUUAAAAGUAUAACUUUAAUACACCACAUAUAGGUUGCUGUUUUAAUUUUAGAUGUUUUUAUUUGUUUUUGCUUACCUUAAUUUUUCUGUUUUUAUUUAUGUUCAAGUGUUUCAAUGUAAACUGUGAAUUUUGUUCUAUUUUGUAAUACAUUCUUGCAGUUAAUUAUUUAGAACUUUGUGAUUUAUUGCAGAAAAAUGUUCAACCUCAAGCACAUUGCACUACAUUGUCUAAAUUUUGUGUGGUUGUAUUUAAUGGUUUACCCUCAACCAGCAAAAAAGUUACGAUAUUCAUGUUUUAACAAAGUUUUACAAGUGACAAACAAUCAA